AUGUCUGCACGAUCGGAUCGAAUAGUUCCUCGUGGUGGUCCGUGCUUUGUCACGUGCCACAAGCCCCCCAAAGUCGGGUCCAGAUUCCCCCCAUCGUCCGGGUUUAAUUCCCGCGACCGUUCCCCCCGCUUCGGGGACCGUCGUACGGCUGCCGGUCCCCGUGGCCCUGACGACGGCAACGUUCCAUUCGGCAGGGAGCCUCCAAGUGCCCCGCGCGCUCUACGUGGCCUGGUUGAUUCGCCUCGAGGUCAUUUCGGUGGACGAGGUCGUGGAUAUGGCCGAGGUGAAUUCCGAGACCGAGAUCGAGACAUACGUGACCGGGACCGCGAUCGCGAAUUUCGAGACCGCGAUGCGCCGCCAUUCCGUCGUGACAUGGACCGUGACUGGGGUCGCCGCGACCGCGACUUUGAUCCCCGGGAUAACCGCAUAGGCUUCGGACGUGGCCGGUCCAGAUCCCCGGCACGCGACUUUCGUGAUGCGAGAGAACCCCCCAGCCGCGAUUUCGACGUGAUGGUCCACCGUCCAAUGGAGGUCACCCCCGAGGUGGCUCUAUGCGUGGCCGAGGAAGAGGGGACUGGGAAGGUGGUCGCGGCCGAGGGCGCCCAUCGUUCUUCGAUGACCGUGAACAAUUUCGCCGAAGAAGUCGAUCUCGUGAUACAUGGAGAGACCGCGGCAGAGAUCGUAUGA